AGCUUUCCUUUCGCUAAGACUUAAGACAAUGGAGUUCACAUAAUAGACGCGUCAAAGAAGCGGAAGGAAGUAUAAUUACAAUAAAUAAAUAAAAUUUGGAAAGAUCUAAUUACUUUAAAAAAAAAAAUGGAAAGAACUUCGUGAGAAAAUUAUUUUAUUUACUAUUUUAUCAUUUAUUUAAUCCAAUUAGAAGAAAAGCGAAUAUAUAUUUUGGGACAGCCGCUUGUUAGAAAUCCCGUAGGAGAGGAGAUAAAACAAAGGAAGAACAGAGGAGGAGAAAGAGAAAGAAAAGGACGAGACACGAACGCAAAACUAAAAAAAAAAGGUAAAAUUCGAUCUACCGUUUUCACGUAUUCCAAUUCCCGUUUCUUUCCAUUUUCUUGCGUUGGAAUUUCAUUUCUCAAGCUCAUUUCGAUUUGCCCAUUUUCAACUAGAAUUUCUUAUGAUUUGGCUUCUCAAUUCUGAGUUUUGUGUCUCCUAUAAUUGAGCUUUGAAGAGAGAAAAUCAAUGGAAUAUGAGAGUAACAAUUGGAUUUGGGAUGGGGUGUAUUACCACCCACAUCUCUUUGGUGGCCUAAUGCUAACGGCCGCCUUGCUCGGUUUGUCCAGCACUUAUUUUGGUGGAAUUGGACUUUUCCCAUUGUCAUAUGUUUGGUCAGAUUUAGGGAUCUUCCACAAGAAGAAGCGUGAGAAGAGGGGCAUUCGGGUUUACAUGGAUGGAUGCUUUGAUCUCAUGCAUUAUGGCCAUGCCAAUGCUUUGAGGCAAGCUAAGGCUUUAGGAGAUGAAUUGGUGGUGGGUGUUGUGAGUGAUGAGGAGAUUAUUGCUAAUAAAGGCCCUCCUGUUCUUCCCAUGGAAGAGAGACUGGCACUUGUCAGUGGAUUAAAGUGGGUGGAUCAAGUAAUAGCAAAUGCCCCCUAUGCAAUUACUGAGCAAUUCAUGAACAGUCUGUUCAAUGAGCAUAAGAUUGACUAUAUAAUACAUGGAGAUGAUCCUUGCCUUCUCCCAGAUGGAACUGAUGCUUAUGCCUUGGCAAAGAAAGCAGGCCGCUACAAGCAGAUUAAGCGUACUGAAGGUGUCUCCAGCACGGAUAUUGUAGGAAGAAUACUUUCUUCUGUAAAGGAUAGUAAAGGCGUUGGAGAUAAUAAUAGCACACUUUUGAAUGGAGAUUCGGGUGAAAGACAUCAGUUACAAAGGGGUCAGAUUUCCCAAUUUCUACCAACAUCUCGGAGGAUUGUGCAAUUUUCCAAUGGCCAGGGACCUGGACAAAAUGCUCGCAUUGUGUACAUUGAUGGGGCAUUCGAUCUCUUUCAUGCAGGGCACGUGGAGAUCCUCAAAAAGGCAAGGCAGCUUGGAGACUUUUUGCUAGUUGGUAUCCAUACUGACCUUAUUGUGAGUGAGCACAGGGGGGUGCCUUACCCAGUUAUGCAUGUACAUGAGCGCAGCCUUAGCGUGUUAGCUUGUCGUUAUGUUGAUGAAGUUAUCAUUGGUGCACCUUGGGAAGUCACAAAGGACAUGAUUACAACUUUCAACAUUUCUUUGGUUGUGCAUGGUACAGUUGCAGAGAGCAAUUAUUUGUUGCCUGGUGAAACUGAUCCAUAUGCGGUUCCUAAGAGCAUGGGAAUUUUUCGGUUGCUUGAAAGCCCUAAAAGUAUAACCACAAGUUCUGUAGCCCAAAGGAUAGUUGCCAAUCAUGAGGCUUACACGAAACGCAAUGCCAAGAAAGCAGAGAAUGAAAAGAAAUACUAUCUAGAGAAGACUUAUGUUGCAGGAGACUAGCACAUAGAGGUUUAGGUUAGAUAGCAAGUGUGGUGCAGCUCUUCAUGCAGCCUUGAUCAUUCAUGUAGAUGCUUGUUGAAGGCAAGAGUAUUGAAAGAUAGGAGGGAAGACAUAACAUUGAAAAACAUCAAUACCAGACGCUUCUAAGCGAACAGUUUUUAUCUUUUAUUAUU